CUCCUCCUCCUCCCGCUCCGUCACCGCGGGGGCCAGGCCUGAGCUUCAUCGUCAUCGUCAUCAUCUUCCUCCGUGUGGUUCCCCCCCAUCCACCCACCCAUCCAUCCCAAAAUCCCGCCGAUUCCAUGGUGCGGGAAGGCGGCAUGGCCCGGACCCCCUACAGCUCCACGCAGGACAUCCAGAUGGACGUCUUGGACAACGCCGCGCUCCAGGGCAAGUACAGCAGGCGCAAGAGUCGCUUCAAGCGCUCGGACGGCAGCACCUCGUCCGACACCACCUCCAACAGCUUCGUCCGGCAGGGCUCGGCUGAGUCCUACACCAGCCGCCCCUCGGACUCGGAUGUGUCGCUGGAGGAGGACCGGGAGGCGCUGCGCAAGGAGGCCGAGCGCCAGGCCAUGGCCCAGCUGGAGAAAGCCAAGACCAAGCCGGUGGCGUUCGCCGUGCGCACCAACGUGGGCUACAACCCCUCGGCCACCGACGACGUGCCGGUGCAGGGCAUGGCCAUCUGCUUCGAGCCCAAGGACUUCCUGCACAUCAAGGAGAAGUACAACAACGACUGGUGGAUCGGGCGGCUGGUGAAGGAGGGCUGCGAGGUGGGCUUCAUCCCCAGCCCCGUCAAGCUGGAGAACAUGCGGCUGCUGCAGGAGCAGAAGAUGAGGCAGAGCCGCCUGAGCUCGAGCAAAUCGGGUGACAACUCCAGCUCCAGCCUGGGCGAUGUGGUGACAGGGACGCGCCGCCCCACGCCCCCGGCCAGCGGUAAGAGUGUCCCGGGUCCCCAAAACCCUCAGCUCCAACCUGGGGGUCCCUCCCCCACCUCCUCCAUCCCCUCCACCCCAGCCGCAGGCAGGGUGACCCCUCUUUCCCCCCGGGACCCCUCCCCUCUGCCCUUCUGCUUCUCCCCCUCCCAUCCCACCCUUCCCAGCUCCCCCAUCUCCAUUUUUUUCCCCCCAUUCUUCCAUCGCCAUUACCGCUCUUCUUCUCUCCCUGCCGUCUCGCGGCUCCGGCCGUCCCCAGGUGGCCUGGAGGUGCCUAGCUUUGCCUUUGACCCCGAUGAGUUAGAGGAGGAGGAGGCCAUGGACAGCCAGCGCUCCCCUAAGAGUAGCGUGAGCAGUGUCACCACCCCCCCCGCCCACAACAAGCGCAUCCCCUUCUUUAGGAAGACCGAGCACGUGCCCCCGUACGACGUGGUGCCCUCCAUGCGCCCCAUCAUCCUCGUGGGGCCGUCGCUGAAGGGUUAUGAGGUCACGGACAUGAUGCAGAAAGCGCUGUUUGAUUUCCUGAAGCAUCGCUUCGAUGGCAGGUGAGGGGGGAGGCUGCAUGGCCAGGGACCCCAAAACCAUAGAGGGAACCCUAAAUCCGCGUGGGAACCCAUAAACCCA